AGAGAGACAGAGGGUGGAUAGUGAAGCCCAUUGUGUUAGUGAGAUGUUUAUUAAUGAGAGAGGGAUAGAAAGGGAGGCAGAGCAGCUAUAGAAGGGGCUAAUCGCUAAUCUCAUAGUGCACUGAAAGCCAAGGCACCCAGGCUGUUCUCUGUUAGCUCCUCCACUAGCUGAAGAAGAAACACAGGACAGAGACUCUGAGGGAGACACAAGUUGUCUUCGGCAGAGGCCAUAAGGGCUGUGUGACUGUGUGUCUGUGAAAUUCUUCACAUUGGUUGGAGCUGUAUGGAGGGUGUGUGUGUGUGGUGUUUUGUUGCUGAGGUUUAAGCUGGUGCGUAUGUGUGAAGGGCGUGUUGUUUGUGGUCAAUCCAUGUGUUAAGGAUUUGACAAGGUGGGUUAUGGAUAUGUGUGUUUCUGUGUUAAGAAAUGAACAGUCUUUAGUUAGUGUUGUCAGGCUUGUUUGAGGCUCUGAGCGGUUGUGUAGAUUUACGACAGGACUGAUUUGUAUGCAAGACUAGAGUAAUUUUUUUGUCUUGUCAUUGGAACUUGAUUUUAUAUAGCCUAGCCUAUGUGUUUGUAUGUGUUCCAGCGUAUCAGUGUGUGUUUUUGUGCGAGAAUUUGCUUCUGUGUGUGAGAGACUAGCUGUGUGCUUGAGUGUGUGUGAGCCGGUGUGUGUGUGUGUACCCACCAUGCCCCUGCCUGUGCCCGAUGUCCCGGCCUCUCGGAGGCUGACACUGGACUGUCGUUUCCUCCUGGAUCAUCGCGUUGGCAGGGGGGUGUGUGGUUGCUGUGGGGCUCUGAGGCCCCGCUACAAGAGACUGGUGGACAACAUUUUCCCAGAGGACCCAGAGGACGGGUUGGUGAAGGCUAACAUGGAGAAGUUGACAUUCUAUGCCCUGUCAGCUCCAGAGAAGCUGGACCGUAUCGGGGCCUACCUGUCAGAGAGGCUCUCCAGGGACGUGGCUAGGCACCGCUACGGGUAUGUGUGUAUAGCUAUGGAAGCUCUGGAUCAGUUGCUGAUGGCGUGCCACUGUCAGAGCAUCAACCUGUUUGUGGAGAGUUUCCUUAAGAUGGUCCGUAAACUGCUGGAGGCCGACAAACCCAACCUACAGAUCCUGGGAACCAACUCUUUUGUGAAGUUUGCCAACAUUGAGGAGGACACUGCGUCUUAUCAUCGCAGCUAUGACUUCUUUGUUUCGCGCUUCAGCGAGAUGUGUCACUCCAGCUACGAGGACCCAGACAUCCGCACCAAGAUCCGUAUGGCUGGGAUAAAUGGUCUGCAGGGGGUUGUGAGGAAGACGGUGAAUGAUGACCUACAGUCUAACAUCUGGGAUCCCCAGCACAUGGACAAGAUCGUCCCCUCACUGCUCUUCAACCUGCAGAGUGGAGAGGGCACUGAGAGCCGCUCCCCCUCUCCCCUGCAGGCGUCGGAGAAAGAGAAGGAGAGUCCGGCAGAGCUGACGGAGCGCUGCUUCAGAGAGCUGCUGGGACGGGCCGCCUACGGCAACAUCAAGAACGCUGUCACACCAGUACUCAUGCACUUAGAUAACCACUCUCUGUGGGAGGGGAAGACCUUUGCAGUCCGCUGCUUUAAGAUCAUCAUGUACUCUAUCCAGUCGCAGCACUCUCACCUGGUCAUCCAGCAGCUGCUAGGUCACCUGGAUGCCAACAGUAAGAAUUCAGCCACAGUGCGUGCUGGGAUAGUUGAAGUCCUCCUGGAGGCUGCAGCCAUUGCUUCCAGUGGCUCUGUAGGCCCCACCGUGUUGGAGGUGUUUAACACUCUGCUAAGGCAGCUGCGUCUCAGUGUGGACUACGAGCUGACCGGCUCCUACGACGCCAGCGGAAACAUUGGAAUCAAGAUCAUCAAAACACAUGAGGAGAGACAGCUACAGGAAGCCGUCAUCAGGACUAUUGGGUCGUUUGCGAACACCCUCCCUACAUACCAGCGCUCCGAGGUCAUGCUCUUCAUCAUGGGCAAGAUUCCUGUACCAGGGGUACACCCCGCACUCACAAACGCAGGCUCAGGGGGUUGUGAAGGGACCAGGAUGAUCCAGAUCAUGCUGCUGAAGUCACUGGUUCAGGUGACGACAGGGUUCCAGACCACCAACAUGCUGACGGCGCUGCCCAACUCAUUCCUGGAGCCGCUGCUGUCCUUCUCUCUGAUGGAGGACCCGGAGGUCAGACUGCUGGUGCUCACCAUCCUCCUCAGUGUUAUAGACAGACACGACAACACACCCAAGUUCUCCAGCAUCAGCAUUAUAUCAGAUAUCUCUGUUCUCAAACUGAAAGUGGAUAAGUGCUCUCGACAGGACAACCUUUUCAUGAAAAAGCAUGCACAGCAGUUGUACCGCCACAUCUACUUGGCGUGUAAGGAGCAGAGCAGUGGUCCACAGCACUUUGAGACGCUCUACACCCUGCUGGCCCUCAUCAGCAUGGAACUGGCCAACGAAGAGGUGGUGGUGGACCUCAUCAGACUGGCCCUGGCCCUGCAGGAGUUGGCUCAAACCAACGAGGAGUCUCUGUCAGUCUAUAACCGCUGUGCUGUCCAUGCCCUCUCUGCUGCCUAUCUCAACCUCAUCUGUCAACUCACCACCGUCCCCACCUUCUGUCAGCACAUACACGAGGUGAUUGAGAUGAGACAGAAGGAGGUACCCUUCCUUCUCCCUGAGGACGUCUUCAUAGAAAACCCCAAGCUCCCUGCCUCUCUGGAGAAGUUGGAGGGGGAUGUUCUGUUCCAGCAGUCUAAGAUCACAGAAGUCUUGGGGGGCAGCGGCUACAACACAGACAGGCUGGCCACACCCUACAUCCCUCAGUUCACAGACGAGGACCGUCUGUCCAAGAGGAAGAGCAUUGGAGAGACCAUCUCACUACAGGUGGAGGUGGAGUCUAGGAACAGCCCAGAGAAAGAGGAGAGGACUCCAGCAGAGGAGAUCACAUUUGAAACUCUGAAAAACGCCAUUGUGGACAGUGUGGGGAUGGAGGAGCAGGAGAGAGAGCGCAGGAGGCAGGUGGUGGAGAAGUUCCAGAAGGCCCCCUUCGAGGAGAUAGCUGCCCACUGCGGGGCCAGGGCCACAUUGCUGCAGAGCAAACUCAAUCAGAUCUUUGAGAUCACAAUCCGACCCCCUCCCAGCCCGUCUGGCACCAUCUCAUCAGGCUACGGCCAGACCCAGAGCCGCUCGGUGCCCGUCUACGAGAUGAAGUUCCCUGACCUCUGUGUCUACUAGCCCUAAAGGUCAGGGGUCACCCUAGGAGGAGAGAGGAACAGGGGGUGUGGAGCUACAGCAGCCCUCAGUGUUAAAACAACUACAGACACUGUGACCUGUUCCCCCUGCUCCCCAUUCUCAUUUUGUCAAGAGCUACUGACAUGACUGACCAUGCGUUUUUUGCACUGUGAUCGCAGACUAAACAAAUAGACAAACAAAAAGGCAGCAGUGUGAGAUAGCGACCCUUCACCCUUUGCGCGACCCCUCCCCCCAUCCUAAAAAUUCCCAUAUGACUGCCACCGGCUUGGAUUAGACUGUAGCCAGAAAGACCGUGGAGAAGAACAAUGGAUGGACUGAGGAUAGAACAGGGAGGAGAGAACAUAGUGAUCGCCAGUUUUAACCUUCUUUCCCCCUGAUUAACUUGCUGCAUGCCCACCACUCUAAACACCACCCUUGAGCCCAUUACUAGUGUCUAGUCGUUGUCCUAGUUUAUCCCUCACUGGAUGCAUCACUACCCAAAGUGCACCAACAACAAAAUGGCUAAUUGCCAAAUGUAACAAAAUCAAAUGUUCUCAUUAGUUUUAUUGUAUUGCAAUUAUUUUGUUUUUCAGUACUGGAAAGGGACAAUGUUAAAUACCUGGCAAUGGAAGCUGUAAUGAAAAAUGUAUGGAAUCUAGUGUUUUAGUUUUCAGUGGGAUGACUACUUCUGAAACACUAUCCCCACUCCCUGCUCAGACCAUUCAGUUCUAAGUCAACGGUGCAUUGUGUUUGCUUGGUGCUUUUCAUGUCUUUCUAGGUUUUUAUUUGAAGUCUCUGGGGUGAGAACUCCAGAGUAUUUGUUUGUGUCGUAGCGUGUUAGCCGGGUGUGCUUUUGAUGCUGACCCAAAUUAUCUUCAUUUUGUAUUUUUUACCCCCUUGCUUUUUAAAUGUUGUAUAUUGUAAUCCAUGAUUUGACUGCAAAGGUUAAAGUGUGUGACGUGUGUGCUGUCCUCCGAAAUGUGAGAGUGCCCUACAGGUGACAGCAGAACUAGAUUCAACCAGUCCAACCGCUCACAAAACCAGUCAUAGCUUUCCCACUUUGUAAGGAUCUGAAGAGUGUACAGUUAUGUUUACAUGCUCAAACACUAGCAUAUGGGUCGUUCCAUCAAUACGGUGCCUUUUGAGAUGUGGAUCUUGGUUAAAAGAAACUUCUGAUUUCACCUUAUUUUAACAUUGUUGUAAAGAGUAAGAUAUAGAAAUAAUACUGUAUAUAGUAAGUGUCUAUUAAGUGGCAAAUAAAGUAACAGGAUUGACGAUUUCAUUUUAAAUCAGCCACAAAUCCCGUUACAAGGGAAUUGUAAGCUUGUUGUGUGCAACAGGGAGGGGCAAUUGCAUGGAAGCUACACAUGUUUCUGUUAAAACAUUUCUAGCCUGUCCAUAUGGGUCACAAGCUUGACGUGUUAUGCUUGACCCACUCAGUUUUCACCACAAAACACCAGUAAAUGGCCAAAAAGAGGGGAACCAGAUCACCUGCUCUUACAUUACGAUUUGACUAUUAGAUGGUUAACAUUUCUUGAGAUGUUUUUUUUUUUUUCAAAGGAAUAGAUUCACCAUAUUCAGUUCACAUAACAGGGUUAACCAUAAAAUGAGGAACAUGUUGCUGUUUUUUACCUUAAAAUGAAUCACUAAUCACAUGAAAUAAAUGAUAAUCUUCAGAAAUUACUUUGUCAAAGCAACAAGGGCUUUGAUGGUGAAAACCUUUGUGGAGUUAAGUAUGUUCAAAUCUUCCUGGAAGUCAGAGGGUGCAAGGAAGGACAUGUCAAAAUGCUGAAUUUUGGCACUUUAGCAAGUCUUUAUUCAUAUACAAAAAUAUGUAUUUAGUUCUCCAUAUGGUCUAUAAUAAAGGGCACUUCAUUGACUAUAAUAGAAUAAAAAUUGAAUAUUGAUGCACAAUUUCAAAAGGUGCUCAUUUUGUUGAACGACCCAUAUAGACUAAUUAACCAACCCACAUUUAUUAUUUGUCAUAUACAGAUCUGCUAUCUUAAUUUAAUCUCUCGGGUUGUCGCAGGAAAUGGUAAUUGCAGUGUAUUCAAGGUUUAAAAAGGCUUCUAAAGUUUGUGAUUUCCACUUAAAAAUGUGACUUGAUUUGACCUAACGAAAAAUGUAUCAACCCCUACAAAAGUGUCCAAUAAUUAUAAUCCACAUAAUUCACAUUUCCUGUUGCUGUUGGAUUAUUUUCCUGCUGUGAGAAGCAGGGUCAAAUUAAGAUUGUGUACGUGGAUACAGAGUACAUUACAUAUCUAGCUAUAACCAUGAUGUAAAUGUAGUUAAUUUUGUUUGUGUAUAGAUCUAUAAAUAUACUUUUAGAUUGCACUGACUAGCCAUAGUUAAGGGAAAUAUCUACUAAUAUGUUUAAGAGUGUGUAUAUAUAUAUAUAUAUAUAUAUAUAUAUAAGCUAGCCCACUGAAAACUAACCAGCAUGGCAUCAAAUCAGGACGGACUGUGUCUGGAACAGGGAUGGCCUGUAAAGAGACUGCCAUAUUAUGUUUAGAGUUACUGCCAGACAGAGAGCAGUGGAGGAGAGUGAUGAAGAUCUAGGGAGUAGUUCCCUCAGACAUAUUAAAGUGCGAUUGCACUUCCUGAUGUAGCCUCAUUUUGAAGAUUGCUCAUUAAGAAAUGCCAGUGGCCAUGGCUGAAGUCAAAUGAGAGUUGUCUUAGGGGUGUGGAUUGAUGUGGGUGUGUUGUGUUCACUUAAUCGUACCCUGACAGGUACUGUUGUUUGUCCCUCCUGAGUCACUGUACAAUAACACAGCCACUUCUUCAAAAUAGUCCGAUUUAAUUUAAGAUUAAUAAAAACAUCUGUAAUUAAUUUAGUCGUGCAAUUUUAGAUCUAGCUAAGGUGUUUGGUGCAGUAUAUCUCAAGUAAAUAAAUGUGCAUGAAAAACUAGCCCGUGCACUGCAUACAGUCUAUCGAGUCGGGAAAGUCUGGCUGCGCGCUCAGGACUGAUUUCUGAGAACAAUAACUUGUCUACAACUUCAUCUGCAAGCUGUUUAUCAGUGCCCAAAAUCACUUUCCAGCUAAAUUACAACUCUGUUUGUCAAUGAAGCUAGCAAGUAGUAGCUAGAAGGCGUAUUGAGCACAACCAGGCCACAAUCAGCUUAUCAAGUCACUCAAAAUUGAGUUGCAGAUGGGAUACAAGUGCGAUAUAAGAUCAUCUCAAUUCUCAUUUUGCCCCAAAAAAGUGUCAGACUCGGGGGUUUGACACUUUCAAAACAUCCGCAUGUGGCCAGUCCUUAAAGGGCUUAGGGCCAAUGGUUAUUUCAACAUAACAUUGGUGACGGGUUGUCUUAUGUAAACAAGUCUGAGGCGCUGCGUAAUUGGCAGGUAUGUCUCACUGUCUGGAGGUCAUGGCUGCUAGUGGGCAUGAUCCUAAUCCAUACCCAACGCUUCAGGAAGUCAUGACCUAUUCACUUCAUAAACUAGGUUUUAUCCUAUUUCACUUUGUAAUCAAUUUUGACACUAGAAUGAAUGUUUAUGACUCAUAUCGAUGCCACACGGGCCGUUUUAAAACCAGAGACGUUAGAGAUGAUCUAGUGUGUAGUUCCCUCAGACAUCUUAACGUCUGUAAUACACCAGAGCGAUGUUGCAGGAGGGAAAGCAAGUUAGCAACAUACCCCCCUCCCUGUAAUCAUACUGCCAUAAUUAUCCUUUAUUACAACUAGAGUCAGUGUGUUUAGUCCAAUGAUAGUGCCACGUUAUUAUAUCAGAUCCUCCUCAUCCUUUCCCUACUGAUGACGUCAUCGUUAUGAUUGUUUGCCCUUUGUAUGUGAGUGGAGAGAGACGAGCCUGGACUGGACAGUAGAUACUGGUCACAGAAGUAGCUUCAUAAGAAUGUCUCUGCCGGUGUGUCUGGGGCUCGUAAUUUCAGCUCAUGCUCUUACAGAUUGUCGCAAAACAAAGUACAAUGGCAAUAAUUAUAGGUCUUAUGAUGGUUUGAGGUUUUCUGAACUAGCCAGAUCAGGCAGUCUAGAGUCCAGUUUAGCCAACUCCGAAACAGACUGGCCUUCCAGGCUGAAAUAGCCCCAUCUGAAGAUAGUCCAUAUUCUGUGUUUUAAUAAAUGACUUCUGUACCUGGACCUUCUGUACCCGUGACAUUGUGAGACUCCUUCCUUCCUGUGCUAGUGUCAACUGACUCUCAAACUGUGCUAGUGUAAACUGUGCUCGUGUAAACUGUGCUCGUGUAAACUGGGUGUGCUCUAUAUGUGUCACUGUCAUAACCAGUUGAUGUCUGUCACUGACAAAAUGUCAUAUUGUGAUUAGUGUUAACUGCCCAUAAUGCAGUGUUCUGUAGGUUUUGUUUCUACUAUGUAUUGUCUCUGUCAAGUCAACCCAUGCCAGUAGUUUACCGGAUUGUCCAUUGACGUUUCAAUUUUUACAAGGUUCAUGUUUACUGAGUAACUUUGUCAUUGUGUGUGUUCGUCCGUGCAUCCGUGUGUGCUUGUCUAUUCAGUCAUCACCCCAAGACCAAACUAAUGAUCAGACCCAGUUUACAACCCAGUCCAUUAACUCCUCUUCCUCCUUCUCAUGAAGAACAAUGUAAUCAGCAUCACGCAGCUCUCUAUCCUUCCAACGAAGCCAAUAACAAGUCACAGUAACAGAUGAACACUACAGUGUUUUUUUGGCAGAUAAUACUGUAGUAUUUACUAUAGUGUACUUCAAUAUUCUAUAGUAAGUACUACACAUGAUCGGGGGAUACUACAUUGUGUAGUAUAGUAAGUACUGUAGUAUUCUAUAGUAAACUUAUGUUUUUCAUGUGGGUACAUUUAUUUUGAACUAAACAACAACAGUUCUGCUUGGUGUAAAUCUAAUGCUUAUUAGAUCUGUUACACCUUUCUGUCCACUCAUCUCCUUUUCCUUGUAUAGUAAAUGUAGCUCUUUACAUUGUAGUGCUGUAGGUCAAACUAUCUCAUCUGUGAACUUUGCACUUUAAACUGGAUUCCCUAGUGACAGAGGCAGCUUGUACAUGGAGAAAAUGCCUUAUGAUGAGUGCUGGACCUGACUUUGCAUGCUAGUGAUGUAGCUACGUACAGUUCAAUGACCAUCUAGCUGAAUUUAUGUAUGUUACUGUUUCUUCCUGAUCAAAUUUCCAUGAAACAUUUAAUUUAGUCUUUGCCAAUUGCACUGAAGAUGUUCUGUUUCAAAGAAACCUUUAUUGCUGAAAUUAUAAGAAAAACACAUACUUUUUAAUUGAACUGUAUGUAGUAUGGCUGUUGUAGAAGCACCAUGUCUCUCAGUAGCAAUGUCGUAAGAUGUAGACAUAUUGUCAAAUACAGUCGGACGCCCACACAGUUGGUGUACAUACAGCAACAUUUUAACAGACAGCUACGUAGUAGAAAUCAGCAUAAUUCAUUGCCAAUUAGUAAAAGAAGAGACCGUCUUAGCAUUGGCAGUGACGUUGAGGGCUUCCACCAUUUGAAUGUAGUCAACUGGGUGGAACUUCCAAAUUCAUUGGAUCAGACAACCAUGAAGAAAUUUGACUACUUCAAAAUGGUGCUGCCCAUGCUGUCACAGACGCUACAAUGCCACAGAUACAAAGAUAAGUCCUCUAUCUAUCUCUGAGUAAAGCUCAUCUCAGAAGUGAGACUGGACUGUGGUAGAAUGUCCCCCUGUGAUUUCACCUAGCUUUUCCAGGUGAAAUUGAAUUAUUUAUGUAUAAUAGGCUACAGUGUUUCAAACAGUCGUAGGUUUUUCCAUCACAAUACAACAGCAUGCGGUUGUGUGUGACUGAUUGUCAGACUAUAGGUGAGGUGUUCUCUCUCCCAUAGUUUGAUAGACUGCAGUAUGUGAUGUUUGUAUUGUUAUUAAAACACUACUGUGCAGCAUUAACUGACUGACUGACUGUAUCCUCCUGAUCCUGAAUGUUUGUCCUGCUCAGCUGUUUUUUUUUUUUUUCAUCCUGAUUGUCAUUUGAUUGGUUGUCAAAUAAAUUAACUUUACGAAUGUUGGCGUGGCCAAAA